AGGUUAGUUGUGCUUAUUCGAGGCAUGGAAAUGUUUCCCUGAGAAGAGAGAGCGGUUCGGCGCGCACAGGGGCGCUCCGUUCCCAGAGAGUCCGCUCCUGGUUUUGCUCCUCCGAUCAUCGCAGCGCACACCUUCCCUGACUCUCACCACUCCAGCAUUGCUGUGCAAGCAGAUGUUCCUCCUCCGAUGCCAAUUCUCGCCGUUUUCGCGUCUGGAGAAGGCAUCGUUUCCUGCGCGAAAGGCUGCAAAAGUGACGAGAAGCAGGAUAAACCGACCCCCCUUCCUCGGCUCAACUGGCAGAGGGAGAGUUGUGAACGGAUAGCGGGCUUUUUAUUUUAUUUUUUUGUUUUUUUAUUAUUAUUUCGGAGAGACGUAUACAGUGAGCUACAGUAGCAGACAAGAAGCCCGCGGCGGCGAGCGAGGCAGCAGUUUAUUUACCACACCUGUGAUGCGUUGUUCUGAGCAACGAAGACGCACGACAGCGGGAUACUGAUGGCCACGGUACGGCAGGAGGAUAUGUGCUGAGGGACGGACUUGGGCGUUGUGAGAAAAUAAAGGCGUUAAGUGCCACAGAGGACACACUCGUCCGGACCUUCAAAAAGAAAGCACGGCGUGUCAGCGUUUCUUCUCUGCUCCCCGCAUUUUGAAACUUAAGUGUUAGAAGAAAAACAAAAGCGAAGAUGCCCUUCUUACUUCUGGGCCCCUUUGUCCGCUGUGGGUUCGGCGUUACCUUCCUCGUGCUCUGGCUCGUGUUUGCUGGCUUCACCUGUACCGGUGGUUCUGAGCAUGCCGCCACAGCGACACUUCCCGCCGCCUUCUCUGACCUUUUACCUCACUUCCUGGUGGAGCCCGAGGACGAGUACAUCGUGAAGAACAGGCCGGUGACCCUGACCUGCCGCUCCAGCCCGGCCACGCAGAUCUACUUCAAAUGCAACGGCGAGUGGGUUCACCAAGACGACCACUCGAUUGUGCGGACCGUUGACCCGGCUACAGCGCUGCCAGUCAUGGAGGUGACAAUUGAAAUUACCAGGCAGCAGGUGGAGAAGAUCUUCGGUCUCGAUGAGUACUGGUGUCAGUGUGUCGCCUGGAGCACCACGGGAACCCAGAAGAGCCAAAAAGCUUACAUCAGGAUUGCUUACCUGAGAAAGAACUUUGAGGAGGAGCCGCAGGGUAAAGAGGUGGCAUUGGACCAGGAGGUGUUACUGCGCUGCCAUCCCCCCGAGGGAGUGCCACAAGCCGAGGUGGAGUGGCAGAGAAACGAGGAUGUGAUCGACCCGGAGAGUGACCCCAAUUUUUUCAUCACGGCUGAUCAUAAUCUCGUCAUCAGAAAAGCCCGGCUGGCGGACACGGGCAACUACACCUGCGUGGCCAAAAACAUUGUCGCUCGCCGCAAAAGCACCUCCGCCACGGUCCUAGUCUAUGUCAACGGCGGCUGGUCCACGUGGACCACCUGGUCGUCCUGCAGUGCCGUGUGUGGGCGUGGCUGGCAGAAGAGGAGUCGGAGCUGCACCAACCCCACGCCACUGAAUGGAGGCACAUCCUGUGAGGGGCAGAACGUCCAGAAAAGUGCCUGUGUGGCCACCUGUCCAGUGGACGGAGGCUGGAGCGAGUGGAGCAAGUGGUCAGCGUGCGGCGCAGACUGUUCCAUGUGGAGGAGCAGAGAGUGCACCCAGCCCUCACCUGGCACCGGGGGCAAGGAGUGCCAAGGGGUCGACCUCCAGUCUCUCAACUGUACCAGUGAGCAGUGCCCACAGACCGCGAGUGGGGCCGAGGACGUGGCGCUCUACGUGGGCAUUGUGGCGGUGGCCCUGUGUCUGACUCUGCUGCUCAUCGUCGUCGUCCUCGUCUACCGUCGCAAGAAGGAGGGCCUGGAUGCCGACGUGGCGGACUCCUCCAUCCUCACCACUGGCUUCCAGCCCAUGGGCAUCAAGCCCAGCAAGCCAGGUGUGUGGGCGCCGCGGCCACGCAGGCCUCCCCCCCACAGCAAGAACUCCCAUUUGCUCACCAUCCAGCCUGACCUCACCACCACCACCACCAGCUACCAGGGCACGCUGCGCUCUCGCCACGACACCACCGGGAAGUUUUCAAUGACCAACGGGCCCCUGCUGGACCCGCUUCCGAACGGCUCGCACACUCUGCACAAUGGCAAGCUCAACUCCGACCCCUCGGACUUCGUGAGCCGCCUGUCCACUCAGACCUACUUCAAGACGCUGCCCCGCGAUGUUGCCAACACCUCCUACGGCACCUUUAACUUCCUAGGUGGGAGGCUGACGAUCCCCAACACAGGAAUCAGUCUGCUCAUCCCUCCCGAGGCCAUCCCCAGAGGAAAGAUCUAUGAGAUUUAUCUCACUGUUCAGAGGAAGGAAGAUUUAAGGCUACCCCUGGCCGGAUGCCAGACCCUCCUCAGCCCCGUUGUGAGUUGCGGCCCUCCGGGAGUGGUCCUGAGCCGGCCAGUUAUCCUCAGCAUGGACCACUGCUUUGACGCAUGCCUGGACAACUGGGCCGUCCGCCUCAAGAAACAGAACUACGAGGGUGCUUGGGAGGACGUCCUGUUGAUGGGGGAGGAGCUGGUGACGGAGCCUUACUACUGCCAGCUCGAGGCCGAGACGUGCCGGCUGUUCUCGGAGCAGCUGGGCACCUUCGCCCUGGUCGGGGAGUCGCUGCACAUGGGCGCGGCCAAGCGCCUCAGGCUGGUGCUCUUCUCGGACGCGUACUGCUCCACGCUGGAGUACAACAUCAGGGUGUACUGCAUGGACGACACGCAGGACGUCUUCAAGGAGGUGAUGCAAAUGGAGCGGCAGCUCGGGGGUCGGCUGAUUGACGAGCCUCACGUUCUGCUUUUUAAAGACAGCUACCACAACCUGCGCCUCUCCAUCCACGACAUGCCCCAGGCGCACUGGAGGAGCAAGCUGCUAGCCGGCUACCAGGAGAUCCCGUUCUACCACAUCUGGAACGGUUCCCAGCGGUACCUGCACUGCACGUUCACUCUGGAGCGGCUCAGCCUCGGCACCUGCGAGCUCACCUGCCAGCUGUGCGUGUGGCAGGUGGAGGGGGAGGGACAGAGUUUUAGCCUGGACUUUAACAUUGCCAAGGCUGUGCUUUCUGCCCGUUCCUACCAGGACACUCGGGCGCUGGACUCUGAGUUUCUGCUAAUGGACAGCAACGCCACGGCUCUGGCGGGGCCCAGCGCCUUUCAGAUCCCGUACCUCAUCAGGCAGAAGAUCUGCAGCAGCCUGGACGCCCCCUGUCCCAACGGAGCCGACUGGAGAAUGCUAGCACAAAGACUCAAACUUGAGAGACACAUGAGUUUUUUUGCAUCCAAAGCGAGCCCGACCUCUGUGAUCCUGGACCUGUGGGAGGCGCAGCAUUUCCACAGCGGCAACAUCAACCAGCUGGCCGCGGUCAUGGCUGACAUUGGAAAACAGGAAGCCAUGAUAUUUCUGGUCUCUGAUGGCGAGUGCUAACCCAGAAAAAACAAAGUCGGGAGGAGAGAGAAAGAGAGAGAGAGAGAGAAAGAGAGAGGGAGAGGGAGAGAGACUGGUGCAGGGGAAAAGUACAGAACAAAACGCAUACACACUCAAAGCGACAAUAAACUGCAGCAGGAAUCGAAGAGCAGAGCUGUCCCAACGCCCCUCUUCUUUACUUUAGAAGACACUGAAGGGUUUAUGUAGGACUGAGUCCAUGUUGUGCAAGACUCCAAAUGAGGAAAAAUAAAGAAAAUACUCUUUAUUUUCCAUCAAAGAAUGAAUUCAAAUGAGUCCACACCCUUAGUUCUACUAUUAUGAUAGCAUUGAAUCACCUUCACGCCUUUUUUUUUUUGUUAGUUUUUACUGAAUAUGCCACUUAUGGUUAAUAUAAAUAAGGAGCGAUAUGCAAAUGUGACGCUAUUACUAAGGCGAAUAUUUCAAAUUCAGCUUUUAUUUUGAAAUCCGGAUUCAAAAAUGAAAUAAGAGGAAUAGUACAAAAGCUGCCAGAUGUAUCGGGUUUAAGAGUGCGGGCGACAUAUGCAAUUGGAAGUUUGGUCACAUGACGCCAUCUCAAGCACGACGACCCAUCAUGUCACUAUCUGUUCGACGCGCGGACGGCUCGUAGCACAAACUGGACCUGCAGGUUUCAGAACAGAUUGUAUGUCAGAGCUCACAAAAAAAGACAAAAAAAAAGUAACCUCUGUCUCAUCUGGUUUGUGUGUUGUUGUUUUUUUUGUUAGUGAAGCCGGUAUCGCUACUGUGAAUGUAACAUCUUAAUUCAGUGAGACGCGUCUUAGCUUCUAAAAUCUAUAUGUGUGAGGUUUGGGCUCUGUUUUUAAGCGAGGAUCGAGUAAUCUCUUCACUAUAGUCAUAUUUCAGAAGACAUUUCUAAGCCUGCGAUUUUCAUCCAUCGGGGGGUUUAUUCCACAUCUUGCAUUACCCCGAGCGUUCAUUGUGGUGCUUUUCUUUUUUUUCUUUUUUAACAACAGCUAAUGAAGGAGCCAUAGGGUCGAAAGGCAUUCCAGCUGCAUAUAUAUUUAUAUAUAUACCGUAUGUGAACACUGAAUGUCGUCAGAACUCAUUUCUAAACUGACAUUUUCCACUUAAUUGCGUUCAUUCUCUGCAAAAGAAAAAAAAACAUGGCCUAAGGGUUAUUAUGCCACAUGAAUAAUGCAGCGGACGAAAAAAAAAAUAAAAAAAUACAAAUCUGACGACAAAUUCUUCAAAAUCGUCACCAGAUUACUCAUGUUGAAAGGGUAAUUGUGCGGCUUGUUUAUAUUAUUCAUAAAGCAAUGUUGGUGGGAAUUCUCUAUUUGCUGUGUGGCAAACUGUAUUUCCACAUCAGAGAGGAGCCCGUCUCUCAGAUAACGUUAAGAGUGGCUUAUUCAUUAAUGUCACCCCGCCUGCUCACAAAAGAUGCUUUGAAAGGGUUUGCGGUUUGCUAUUUCGAGCCAGGAUGGCAAAAAAAAAAACAAACAAACAAAAAAAAAAAAUAGUAGAUUCAGGCAACGACCCAUGAAGUCUCUCGUCAUGCUUCGCCGUGUUGCGUUAAUUUUACGCGGCCAUUCUUUUAGUGACUGAUCCGUCGAAUCGAGCAGCGUAAAUACACAGAGUUUCCUUAAGCCCACUGGUUCAGUAGUUCACGUGGUUAAAAAAAAGGUGUGAGCAAUCCCAAACUAGCCAUAGUUCUCUCUGUGUCUGCCUCAGGGUUGCAUGUGAAGCUGUCUGUUCUAAAAGUUUUAAAGGAAGCCCCCCUCCAUCCGAACCCGUCUCAUCCACACAGCCAGGGCCGCCCUUCCUACGAGCUUUAGUGGUUUUAACCUUUAAGAUUAAACGGAGCCUCUUUUAUGAUUGUCUGAUGUUUGGAAUGUACAUUUCUGUUUCCUUGUCGAGGGGGACGAGUGUGUCUUUCUUUUUGUUAUUUUUUUUUAAUAUAUCUACACAUACACACAUAUAUAUAUCUAUAUAUAUGGCAUCUCCGCACCUGUUAGAACUUAAACACGCCUCCCUUCAAUGAACACUGUUUUCUAUAGAGAUGCCAUGCAACUUUUACUUUUUUAUUCGCUUUAACUUAACAGACACCGACCACCCCGCACCCCUGCAUCGGUCCCCUUUCAGAUAAAAACAAAAAAAAACAACAGUGACUCCACCUUAAAUGAAUCUUUUCAUGUUGAAACAGAUCAUCGUCACGUGUAAUAUGUAAAUACUUUUUCUAUACCAGCCGUGUGCUGUCACUUUGCAUACUGUAUAUCAGCAGAAUUGGUAACCAAAGUUUUCUGAGUAUCAUUUGAGGCCACUGUAUCCUCAUAUUGUAUCCACUCGACUAUUGUUUUGGGCACAGUUUUUACCUGCAGCUAGUGUAGAACAAGUCAGAUUUGAUGUCUCUUCUCAACCCACGGACUCGAUAUUAGGUCCAAAUCUUUACUUUGUCCCAUCCCCUUGCUUUUUGUCCUUGAGGCGAGUUUCUUUCUUCAGUGAUACGUGUCCGUUUAUUUUACCACUUUGUAAACAAAUGUAAAUUAUAUUUUAAUAUGAAGCCAAAAAAAAAAAGAAAAAAACAGAAGAAGAAGAAAAAAAAAAGACACUUAACUGGCGCAGCAUUUGUCAAGUCUAAACCGUGACGUGUUUGCCUAUAUACUGUUCUUUGGCGAUCUAGCAGUGAAGACUUAUUUGCAGUGUUAAGGGUUUAGAGACUGUUUUUUGCAGGAAGUUUCUCUACACGUUUCGUUCGUCCUUUCUCUGCAUACGUCCGCCUGGUGAUUUCUAUUAACCGUAAGCAUUUAAAUACGACGGCGGAAGGCGGUCGCCACGCUGGGCCCAUGCAGAGGCUUGCCAGAAAGGAGGACACCAGUUCUCUGACGAGCCGGCGUUGACACGGCGCGUUUUAGAUGAGCCAUCGCAGUUGUACAGUCAGACUGUGUGUGUGAAGUUUUCUCACCUCUGUCAUUGUCUUGGAUGUGUCGCCUAAGCACAUUUCAGUAAUGUAAUUCACCAGCCGCCAGGAUGUCCAGCAUCUAUCUAACUCGUCUAACAAAUCUGCAAUUACUGUGCGUGUGUGAUGAUUAUUUAAUUUUUUUUUUUCCUUUAUGGUAAAGUCUGGGCCUGAUAUAUUUCUCUGUAAGACGUGUGUCACGCUUUGUUCGAGAUUUUAAUACUGUAAGUUCACCCCGGUGUCACGGGUGGGGGAAAGAAAAUUUUACAUCUCAGCACUGUACUUUUUGUGUCACUCAUUACUAUUCAGUGUCGAGGUGUUUGCGUAUGUGAGUGUGUGCGUGUGUGUGUGUGUGUGUGACUGAGGGCCAGGUGUGCGCUCACCUCCCUGUCACUCUGACAGAGCUGUUUUCUUUCUGGGCUAAUAGACUUCUGUACUUGUGAAUGUUUUUUUUGUUUUUUUUCUAUUUAGUUCCUUUGUUCAAUGUUCCUUGCCUUUCUGCAAGUCAAAAAUGCUGUAUUUAUUACAUGCCACAGCGCUUAUGCAAUUGUAUAAUCCUUCUAUCAUUUUCUUUUUCCUUUACUCCAUUUUUUUUAACCCUUUGUGUUCCUUAUCGUUAAUGUAAAUUGUUGUCAAAACUUUUGUGGCAAUGGAAAACCUUCUGCUGAGGGAGACUUUCAGUACUUUUUGGACAAUGAUAUGGAUUUGUGGGUAGAAUUUUGGAAAUUCGUUUCUAAGUGCUUUCAAGUAUUUACUUGGCCUUAUGUAUAUAUAUCUAUCUAUGACAUUUCAGAAAGUUAUGUAUAGUAAUUCAAUCCGAAAUUGUUGUAAAUAAAUUAUAUAUUGUUAAAUCAA